AUGUCGAAAACCACGCGAGAGGUUCAACUAGAAAAGGAUCUCAAUAAGAUCGUCAAAGCUCAUACUGACACCGUGGUUGCAGAAGCUCAAAGAGAAAUUGAGGCAAGCCAUGCAUAUAUCAACGAAAAACAGCUCAAGAAGCUUAUCGAAUUGCAUGACAACAUUUUGCAGGAGAAAUGUUCUGUGCCUAUGCAAAAACUCUACCACAAGUAUAGUCAGAACAGCCUUCAAGAAGGAGAUUUACAGAAUUGGGCAGAAUUAGUUGAUAGAGAUGUGAGAAUUUUGGAGGCAACCAUGAAAAGAGUACGAGACAACCAACGGGAUGAAUGA